ACGACGAUAAAGAAUGAGACAUUUACAAGGUAUCCCAAUCUCCGUGCUCUCACACUUGGUCAAAACAAUAUAUCCUGCAUUGAGGAAGAUGCCUUCGAGCCAUUGAAGAGCCUGGUCAGUCUUUUGAUCACAGAUAACCAUCAUUUACCAGCAUUCAAAAGGUCUAUGUUUAGCUCUAAUAGUUUGUCGUUGUUGAACGCAGCAUCUUCUAAUUUAGAGACAUUCCCGGGCGAUGUCGUUGAGCUCCUAACCAGUAGUACGAUCUUAAGUCUUUCUUCUAAUAGAAUACGCAAUAUCAACUGGACGAGCUCGAAUCCCCUCAAUAGUCUUUACCUUGAUUCAAAUAGUUUCCGGCAAAUUUCAAAUGAGUCGUUUGUAUUGAAUAACCCGCUGGACACCCUAGAUUUGUCUACAAAUCCACUAGAAUUUAUCGAAGCUACCGUUAUUGCUUCGUUGAAUAUCAAACGAAUUUAUUUGAUGAAUACGCAUAUUGCACUUAAUCAAAUACGGAAUUUCUUCCAUGGUAUCAGCUUAUCAACGUACAUCGAAGAGCUUAAUCUUUCUGACACCGAACUCCAUGCCAUCCAGGCCGGAUUAUUUACACCUCUCAAGGGAAAGAGUUUAGCCAAAGUCAACAUUGAACUAAACGACAUUAAUGUGAUUGAAGACGGUGGUUUUGAUGGAUUGGGGGGUGUGAAUCAGCUUCAGCUUGGGUGGAACAACCUUAAACUCAUCAAACCAAACAUCUUUAAAGGAAUGACUGCCCUUCGUUACCUUUCGUUGGAUAAAAACAGAAUCGUAACCCUAAAUGAAGACGCUGUCCCAUGGAAUGUCUCACUCAUAGAGCUAAACUUAGCAAGUAAUGAAAUAAUAUCCAUCAACAGCUCCGCCUUUCAUGGAUUAAAAACUCUAAGGAAAUUAGACUUAAGUGAAAAUCACAAACUUCAGUUAAUUGAGAGUGAUUCGUUUGCCAGUUGCCCAUUUAUUGCAGAGUUAGAUUUGUCCAACACACACAUUUUUCAUCUUCAUUUUCCUUACCUCCCUUUCCUCACUUCCUUAAUACUACAAUAUUCAUUUUGCCCUGACAAAUUGAUUCGACCUGGUAAUCUUGAGACUAAAGCACCCUCUUUAUCAACACUCAAUCUUAUCGACAAUAUAUUAGGAUCUGAAAAAUUAUGGGAUUCAUCUACUAAUAAAUCUUCUUUCUAUGGCUUGCAAAAUCUAUCUCGAUUGGAACUUUCAAGUAAUCCCUUGUUGUCUAUUCCACCAGGCAUCUUCAAAAAUUUGUCAAAUCUGCAAAUACUACGUUUAGACGACUGUUUACUCGUAGUGUUAGAAACUGGUAUUUUUUCAGAUCUCAGCCAUCUUAUCUUAUUAAGUAUGCAGUCAAACCACCUGCGUGCGAUUUCCACUGGUUUAUUUGAUAAAUUACAGGAUUUGCAAUAUUUGUUUUUGCCAGGGAAUGAAUUUACAUAUCUUGAUGGGAAUGUAUUUCAAUACUUAUCAAAUCUCGUGUUUAUUGAUAUUUCCAAAAAUCGCAUAUCGGGCCUAAACCAUUCCACGUUUAGACCUCUGUCAAAUCUCAGAAAGCUUUACUUAUCUGAUAAUCCAAUCGUGUGUAAUUGUGACUUAAAAUGGUUCCCUGUGUGGUUAAAAGGAGGUAAUGUAGAGCUUAUAGAUUCAUUUGAAACCAUAUGCCUUGACACUGUAGCGACUUUAAAGCAAUUCAGAGGUAAACAAUUAAUAACUUUUAAUCCUACGGGCGACUGUGAUGCAAACAUCGUCCUGUACAGUUGUUUAGCCGUUGUAGGUAUGGUGUCCAUCUUUACCCUAGGUUUGAUCUACUAUCAGAGAUGGUGGAUCAGAUAUCGGCUGUUCCUUCUUAAACUUUGCUUCGUUGGGUACGAAGUCAUCCACGACGAUGCUGAUCGAGAAGAAUACCAGUACGACCUCGCCGUCAUGCUCCACGAAGCUGACGAUGAGUGGGUGGACCAACAUUUGCGACCAGCUCUGAUAGAACGACUUCCAGAUUUCAAUCGAAUCGUAUGUGGCGAUGAGGAGCUCAUGCUUGGCAUGUACUAUCUUGAUGCUGUCCAUUACGCUACAGAACGAAGUUUCAAGACGAUUUUCGUGAUCAGUCGUGCGGCUUUGCAGGACCAGUGGUUCCUCAUGAAGUUCCGAACUGUUCUUGAUCACGUCAAUGAUGUUGGUACAGAGAAGAUGGUUAUUGUAUUUGUGGAAGAUAUAGGAGAGGACGAACUUCCUUUCCUAAUCAGACUGUUUCUCAGUGAUCAUAGACCAUAUCUGAUUUGGCCAGGAGAUGAAAGAGGACAGUAUUACUUCUGGGAGGAAUUGACCAAAGGUCUGACGGUCAAUCUCAAAUGCAAUCAACUGAUACCACCUAACUAAGUAAUUAUGUCUCCAAACGAGAGCAUUUGCUUUUUGAAAUAUGACUAGUUUAUCUCAUUUUUUAAUAUAUAAUAUGCCAUUUGCAGGGCCAAAUAAUCCUAUACUAUGUUUAUAGGUGGGGUUAGCCCACUUUGCAAAAUCGCUGUGCAGAAAUAAAGCGGGGCUAAACUGAAUGGCAAUUUAGCCACGUACUAAAGGUGUGGCUAAAUGGCAAUUAGCCCAACCUGUACAACGGAAAUUUUCGCAAGUAUAAAAAGCAUGAAAACUUUUCCUGUUUUUCUGAACAUAUUCACUUAUUUUAGCAUGAGACUUCUCAACUUAAGCAUGAAACUCCGAAGAUUCUAUCAGUAUCAACGUGAGUUUAUGUCAACUGAUUUUUUAAAAAGAAUACUGAGCCUCGUUCAAUAAUAAACAAAUAAAGACAUGAUCUUCAUUAAAUUUUGAGCGAUGGAGUUAAUAGAUUAUUGCGUACAUAGUCUGAAUAAAUUGACGUAUUAAUGAACGCUAUACAUAUUGUUUUUCUGAGCUGCAUAAUAUUGUAAAUUUGUACAGUUGUGUAACUAUUUACAUGUGUAACUUUGCAGAAAAUUAUAGUCUCCAUAAUAUUUUUAGUACAUAAACCGAGUUAAUUAUUGUGUGUAUAAUUUUGUUGAAGUAUAUUUUCUUUAAAAAAAUCAAUUGCAGUGUAACUGGCCCAAUAACCAUUGUCAGUAUUAUAAUGUAUAUAUUUAACCAACCUAUAAAAGGCAGAUUUGCAUUGAAAU